CGUGUGUUGGCGUGGGGAAGUGCAACAAAAUUACUGAAUCACUCUUUCUUGGCUUAAGCACAUCUACGCUAUUCUCACGUCAGUGCCGGAGAAGCAAUUUGUCCCGGGAUAGAAUUUGAGUCAGAUAAUGUGGCGUCCUGUCUCUCCUAUAAAGGGCUGUUGAUCCUCCCACGACAUGCUCACUCCGCACAUGUGGCCACCGCAGUAAUCAAGUUCAAGCCAGACAACCACAUAUUCCUGUAGGUUUUUGCUCUAUAACGUGCCAUGAAGGCAGCCCUUGUAUCGGCCAUUGCAGCUGGUCUGUGGCCUGUCGUCGCUGCGGUGCCUGCUCCAUCCGCAGCCGCAAAGGAUGCAACGAGACCUGUGACUGUUGUCAUCCCAUCUGGAACUAUCAUUGGCAACGCGGCUGACACGGUCGAUACAUUCAACGGAAUCCCGUUUGCUGAUCCGCCGAUUGGGGAUUUGCGCUUUCGGCCACCUGUGAAACUGUCCAAAGACCUUGGAACUUUUGAUGCUACUGGAGUUGCUGCAUCAUGUCCUCCGGGGCCCUUCUUCAGUCUGGAACAUCUAGUACCACCACACAAUGCUACAAAUGCUCUGUCAGGCGAAGUACAUCCUCCCAAUAUUACAGAGGGCACAGUUGCGUCUACUUUAUUUAAAAGUUCUGCCAGUGAUGCGUCAGACCCAUUCUCUGAGGACUGCUUGACAAUCAGUGUUCAGCGCCCUCACGGCUACGAGGCUGGUGCGGGCCUCCCCGUACUCUUCUGGAUCUUCGGCGGCGGCUUCGUUGUUGGCAGCACCUCUGCAUUUGAUGGCACCAAGUUAAUUGAGACUGGCGUGUUGCAUCAACAGCCAUUCAUCUUUGUGGCCGUCAACUAUCGUCUCGGCGGCUUGGGGUUCAUGCCCGGAAAAGAGAUUCUGAAUGAAGGCAGCGGCAAUGCAGGGCUACUUGACCAGCGUAUGGGUCUUGAAUGGGUGGCAGAUAAUAUUGAAUCCUUUGGAGGCGACCCCAACAAAGUCACUAUCUGGGGACAGUCUUCCGGGGCCAUUUCCGUGUUUCAUCAGCUAGUCCUCUAUGAUGGCGAUGCCAGCUACAAUGGCAGCCCACUCUUCCGUGCGGCCAUUAUGAACUCUGGAUCUGCCACACCCACUGAUCCUUUGGACACGCACAAAGGCCAGGAAGUCUAUGAUGCCGUGAUCAAAGCAGCUGGAUGCGAAGUUGACGACUCGUUGAGUUGCCUUCGCGCCUUGGACACAAAGAAUUUCACUGACGCUGCCAACUCCGUCCCAGGCAUCUUCUCAUACCAGUCUCUUGCGCUUUCAUAUCUCCCCAGGCCAGACGGUUAUGUUUUAUCGGAUAGCCCAGAUGUGCUUGCCAGGGCAGGAAAAUUCCAUCACGUACCUAUGAUCCUUGGCACUCAAGAAGAUGAGGGAACGCUUUUUAGCAUCUUUCAACAGGAUAUGGGCACGACUGAUAAAAUAGUAAAGUAUCUGUCUGAUUACUACUUUAAGACUGCCACCACUGAGCUCAUCACCGAUUUUGUGGACACUUACAGUAAAUAUAUCUGGGAUGGAAGCCCGUUUCGCACAUUUCUCGCCUUCGAGUACUACCCAGGCAAGAAGAGAAUAACUGCCAUUCUCGGCGAUAUCGUCUUCAAUCUCAUACGCCGCGUCUCCCUCCAAAUCUUCGAGCAGGCCAGCCCAGGGAUACCUACGUGGUCGUAUUUCUCCUCAUACGAUUAUGACCCGAAAAAUGGCGUCUUUGGCACUCGCCAUGGAUCAGAUACUGCAACCUUGUUCGACAAAGACAACACAAAUUAUCCCACCAUCAGUGGGCGCACGUACUACAUCAACUUCUUGCACAACCUGGAUCCCAACAACGGCACUCGUCCCGAUGUGUUUUGGCCGCAAUGGUCAGAGAGCAACAUGCUUUUGAACUUUGAGGCCAUGAAUAACAGCCUCAAAGAGGAUACUUAUAGAAGCAACAGCUCUGAUUUCAUGUUCAACCAUAUUGACUCGUUACAUUUUUAACCAUAAUUUGGAAACUCUUGGGCUUUGAAAAGAUAUAGUGUGUAGUCGCGGAUGUUGUUUAGCCAAUACAAAUACGAAACCCUUUGCGACACUCUCUUCCAAUCGCGGAUUAACAAAUAACACAACAUAUCAUGUCAUGGAGCAGAUGAACAAGGUCUUGAUUAUAUAAAACACUCUUAAGUUGAUAAAUUAAUUAGUAUUAAGAUGUCCUCACACAUCAAUUCAUUUUGAACGACUACAUGUUUAAUUACUCAUAAGCUCUACUCUAUUGAUAUAACAUCAUGCAAUUAUAAUAGGC